AUGCCAGUUGCUCAGGAAGAUUCCUUGAUUGGAGUGCCAGAAGCAUCGACAAAGGAGAUCCUAAUCGGUGUCUUAGCAGAGCCUGAAGCAUGGACCCUAUUCAAGAAAACCGUGGGAAUUUCAAUUGAUUCUGAAAUCCCUUCUGAAGCGAAGGAAUUGUGUGACAAAUGUGGAGGCUUGCCAGUUGCUAUAUGUGCAGUUACAGCAGCAUUAAAAGAUAAGGGCAAGCAUGCGUGGAAAGAUGCACUUCGACAACUAAAAAAUUACAAGCUGAAAGAAAUUGCAGGUAUUGACCUAGAUUUGUUCAUCUCCUUAAAAUGGAGUUAUGAUCGUUUAGAACCAAAGGAUGCACGGUCAUGCUUCUUGCUUUGCUCUUUGUUUCCGGAAGAUGCUGAGAUUUCAAUUGAUGACUUGGUGAGAUACACUGUUGGGAUGAGAUUGCUUGAUCAAAAUCUGAAUAUAUUUGAUGAAGUAAGAGACAGAGUACUUGCCAUGGUUGAUGUCCUCAACGAAUCUUGUUUGUUGUUAGAUGGCACAAGCGAAAAUGUGGUCAAAAUGCACGAUGUUAUUCGAGAUGUUGCACAAUUGCGGAAGAGGAGAAAGGAUAUCUCGGACUCUUCACCCACAGAUGUUAAAAAUAGUUUUUUCAAUGGGAUGGAGAACAAUCUUGAAAUCCUAGAUCUGAGUGAAAUGUCAUUAAAGAGCUCCCCGUCAUUGCUUCCAAGGUUGGUUAAGCUUCAGAUGUUAUGUCUAAAUGGCCUAUCAAGGGACAUAGCUCUAUUGGGGAGAUUAAAGAACCUUGAGAUACUUAGCCUUCAUGGGAUUGAGGAGCUGGCACCAGAGAUUAGAGAGUUGACUAGUCUACGGUUGCUAAAUUUGGAAAAUUGUACCAACUUAAGAGUAAUUCUACCAAAUUAUACAUUUUAG